AUGAUAUGCAUUUUUUACUAAGGUUGGUAAGUUAAAUAAUAAACUAUCAAAUUAGCUAUGAAUCAGAUGUAAGUGGAAGAAAAUUUCAUCUUGGAGAAAAUAUACUUUAUUAAAUUCAUAAACAAGCUCUGUUAGAAUAUUUGAAGUCUGGAGUAAGUAAUUAGAAAUAGUUUAAUUAAAUUUGCUAAAAAUGA